UCCUCUGAGGGGAACUGUUUCAUGUUGAGCAGGAGACAUAUUACUGCUUGGGGUUCUGAGUUCUGAACCAGCAGUGAUCCAACAGGGUCAGCUAAUCCUUGACCUGCUCUGACAUCACAGCGAGUGGCUGAUAUUUGUAUUUGUCAUGUUUAACUUUAUUAAAUGGUUGGAAUGUAAGUAGAGCCAUGUUUGUAUAACCCGUUUAUAACAUUAGUUAUCUGUAGGGUGGAUUUCAUAUAUGCCGAAUUUACCCGAGCACAUUCAUCUUGAUUGUGAGCUUUACAGAUGUUUUCGCCAAGGCAACUGAGAUCUACGCUGAGACCAGGACCCUCAGGCGGAUUAGACCCUGACCAGUAGCGGCUGCUGGACCGGAUCUGUGGUCCUGGAUGGACUCAGGCGGACCUGACAGCAGCGGGGCUCAGUGUGAUGCAGCUGUGUGAUGGGAGCAGCAGCCGAGCAGGAUGGGCAACAAGCAGACAACCUUCACCGACGAGCAGCUGGAGGCGUUUCAGGACUGCACCUUCUUCACCAGGAAAGAAGUCCUGCGGUUACAUGGCCGAUAUCGUGAGCUGGCUCCACAUUUAGUGCCGCUGGACUACACCAACAACCCUGACAUCAGAGUCCCCCUGACCCUCAUCGUCACCAUGCCUGAGCUGAAGGAGAACCCGUUCAGAGACAGAAUUGUAGAGACGUUCUCUGAAGAUGGACAGGGGAACCUCAGCUUCAACGACUUUGUCGACAUGUUCUCUGCUCUCUGUGAGACUUCACCCAGAGAGCUCAAGACCAUCUACGCCUUUAAGAUCUAUGACUUUAACAGGGACAACUUCAUCUGUCAGGAUGAUCUGCAGAAGACUCUGAACAAACUGACCAAAGGAGAGCUGACAGCCGAGGAGGUCAGGCUGGUGUGUGAUAAAGCAAUCGAGGAGGCCGACCUCGACGGGGACAGAAAGCUCUCCUUCGCUGACUUCGAGAACAUGAUCUCCAAAGCUCCUGACUUCCUGAGUAACUUCCACAUACGAAUAUGAGACCCUGCUGAGAUCCUGCAGAGGACAGAUGUCUCACCUUGACCCUGUUUCCCAAUCCAACCGGUCUCCACCCUCCUCCUGGACCUCUACCUGAACCACCUCUUGGACCUCUACCUGUACCUCAGACCCACCUCGACUCAGUGCCUGUCCUUUCUACCACCGGUGGAGAGUCUUCCUCUCCUGACACAGUCUGGUUUGGACUCACUGCAGCACAGGUGUCCUCUGCCAGUGUAUCGUCUUGACAACAGCGGGGACGUUUGCUGUUACUGCAUGAAACUUUUCACUUCAAUUAUUUAAAAAUGGUUUGGAGCAAGGAACCAAGACAGGCCUACUUUUCUACCAGAGAGCAUCUCUGCCGUGUCCUCUGGACUCUGAUGAAGACGCUGCAGAGGGAACUGAACCUGACUUUCUGACUUCAGUGCUUUGCAGAGAGGCCAGAUCCACCUGCUGGUUCUGUUCAAAAAGCACAGUUUUAAAGGGCAAACAGUGAAGAGCUAUGCAAUCUUUCUUCAUGAAGAGCAUGUUGUAAAUUGCUUCUAGCUGUGUUCAUUUACAUCAUAGUGACAUAGUGUUCUGGUGCAUAAUGACAAUCAUAGUAAACUGUAGUUCAGUUGAUGGAAGGGCUCUCACCUGUAAACUUUGGCUUUGAUUAAACUUUUUCCUGAUAGAACAGCUUUCACUCAUAAAGAGAAAAACUUCUGUGGCUCGGAUCAAAUAAAACAUUUUCUUUCUC